AUCGACAGAUGAAUGGAUAAAGAAGAUGUCGUAUAUAUAAUAUAUACACAAUGGAAAUUAGUCAGUCAUAAAAAAGAAUGAAUUAUCAUACGGCUGCUUUUUCAGCUUAAUUUGUGCUCUUCUGCUUUCCGAAACAGAAUGUUAACAUCCAUUCAGCCAGCUGAAGGGCCAGGGUGAUACCAGGUCCAAUAUUCCCCAAAGCAUGUGUAGGAUAGUUGCUGUACCCCUGCUGCUGACUAAUAAUGAGUCAAAUAGUGCCUUUCACUCUGAUUUCCUCCGAGAGGCUGUUCUACAAGCCUGGGGUCAACUUAAAGGAAGACGGGUUUUGUUUAAUAUUUUCUCUUUUCAUUAGUGCACUUAAAUUACUUUCUUGCAAACUCUGCUUGUUACCUAAAUGUACUAGCACUUUUGUUACCUAAUUAGCUUUCUUAUCAGAAUUCCAACCAAAAAUAACAAGAAAUUUAAUAAUGAUAAGAUAUCCUGCCCCCUCAAAACAGAUUUCCUUUCGCGCUUUAUCUCUUGAUACUGUUCUGGCUUGUUUAAUUAAAGUAUCAGAAAUUAUUAGACUCAAAUUAUUUCUUGAUCUAGUGCUCAAAUUCUCCUGAAAAACUGCUUCUUCUGCCUCCGUAUUUAAACUUUAUCAGUGUGAGGCAGAUGAGUUUCCACACGUAUGCAACUGGAUUCAUGUAAUUCAAUAUAAAUUUGGAGGAAGAGCCUAAUUUAGCCUCUAAGUAAUUAGACGAACAAAUCAGAUUUGGCUACACUGAGCUACCAUGGUUUAAAUACUCAUGUCUCUUUUCUUGUGCUCUUCGAUCAUCAAAAUGAACAACACUAAUGUGCAAAAGAAACGUAUGAAACUUAGCAUGGAGUUGUGAAAUUCAAAGAAAAGAUCUUAUUUAUUUUUUCAUUAGAGGAGUGGGGGAAAAAUCACCAAGUUCAAACCACUAGCAUAAGUAGUCUUCAAGGAGGGUAGUCAUGUCUGUUACAGGCUUUAAAAACACCGAUGAGAAAGUACCCUUAAAUCACAGCAUUGAGAAGGAGAAAACUAUAAGACAUAUUGGUUAUUUGUCUUCAUCAUACUCUGUGAAAAAAUUUCAAGUUGGAACCUGUUUGCUUCUGGUGGAGCUGUGUGAGAGGUUCACUUUCUUUGAAGUCGUCUGCAAUAUGAUCCCCUUUUGCACCGUCAAGCUUGGCUAUCACAAUUACCAGGCCGCCAUUUUGAAUUUGUGUUUUAUUGGAACGUCAAUCCUUACCCCGGUGUUUGCAGGAUGGCUUGCUGAUGUAUGUCUAGGAAGAAACAAACUGGUACAGGUUUGCUUAUUUCUGCAUUUUCUAGGCUCUGCUUUGUUAUCUGUGGCUGCUUUUCCCUUGGAGGGUUUCUACAUGGGCACUCACCGUAUGAUUAACAACAUACCAAAAAAGGAACAGACCAGGCUGUUUCACGUAGCACUGGUGGCCAUCUGCCUCGGCACAGGAGGAAUAAGGACCAUUGUCUGUCCACUGGGCGCUUACAGCCUUUAGGAGUAUGGAUCCCAGAAACAAAUGUCCUUUUUUAACUGGUUUUAUUGGAUCAUGAGCCUAAAUGCAACUGUUGUCUUUCUGGGACUGUCUUAUAUCCAGCACUCGGCGUCCUGGGCCCUGGUCUUUCUUACUCCUUUUAUGUCUACACUUAUGGCUCUGAUAACCCUUUGUAUGAUGCACUAUAACCUGAUUUAUCAGCCAGGAAAAUGUUGCUCCCUCCUGACAACCUUUGGGGUGUUUGUUAAUGCACUAAAAACAUGCUGUCUGCAGUAUUGCCACCUUGGCGGAGGUGUGACAAGCUGGUUAGACCAUGCCAAGGAAAAAAAUGGCGGCCGCUACAGUGAGCUCCAUGUGGAAGACACAAAAUUUUUCUUCACCCUUCUCUCUCUCUUCAUUUUUCAGCUCCUCUACAGAAUGUGCCUUAUGCAGAUUCCUUCAGGAUAUUAUCUGCAGACCAUGAAUUCCAACCUGAAUUUGGGUGGAUUUCUCCUGCCAGUUGCAGUAAUGAAUGUCGUCAGCAUCCUACCACUACUACUUUUAGCUCCUUUAAUGGAGUAUUUCAGCACCUGCCUAUUUCCCUCUAAGAGAGAUGGCCCAUUUCUGUUGGCAUGCAUUAUUGCUGGCAAUCUUUCUGCUGCAUUGUCUGUGAUGGUAGCUGGCUUCUUUGAAAUACACAGAAAGCACUUCCAUCCAGUCGAGCAGUCUCUUUCAGGCAAAGUUGCCACCAUUUCCUCCAUGCCCUGUUUCCACCUGGUUCUUCAAUACAUUUUACUUGGAGUGGCUGAAACUCUGGUCAACCCAGCCUUCUCUGUAAUAUCAUACAGAUUUGUUCCAAGUACCAUCAGAGGAAACUUUAUGAAUUGUUUGACACUGUUCAAUGGUUUUGGUUGUUUCAUGGGGGCACUGAUGGUGGAGCUGGUCUACCUCAUCUCAGAAGGCAAUUGGUUUCCAAACACAUUAAACAAAGGCAAUUUAGAAAGCUUCUUCUUCUUCUUGGCAUCAUUAACGUUGCUGAACGUCCUGGGAUUCUGGAGUGUUUCACAAAGAUAUUGUAAUCUAAAUCAUUUUAAUGCCCAGAACAUCAGCGGAAGUCAUCUUGAAGAAACACUUCCCCUCCAUGAAGAGUCUCUGAAAUUUUAUGGCAGUACACAGGAAUUUUCUUCGAGUAUUGAUCUUUGGGAAACAGCCCUGUGAAACUCUGUUGUUUGACUCAACCUGUCUUAUGAACAGAGUAUUCACUGUUUUCUUCGGCUAGACACUAUGCGUUUUCGUUUUAGAGCUAAUAUGUGUGAGGGUGGCCUUAUGAAUAUUAUGUGUACUUUACAAAGACUAAUUAUGACUCCUCUAGUCAUAAUUAUGACUAUUACGCUUUUGCAUUAACAUGUUAUGCCUUUGAAUUAAUGAAGUAAUUUCAAAGUCUAAGUAAUUACUCUAUGACAACAAAAAGUUAGUAUUUCCUAUGCAUCACAAUAUUUUAAAACUUUUUACAAUGGUUUGGCCAUUAUAAGCAACCUAUAUGACAUUUUUUAGUUUUCAUGUGUCCUUAGAAUCAAAAUAACAGUAUGUUAACAUUCUUUCUUUCAAUGCAUUGAGUACUUACUGCAUGCCAGGCAUAGUGAUCAUAUACUGUCUAUGUCAGAGUAAAUAAUAAACCUAUACACAA